AUGCCGAAGGACUCUCAAUCCGGUAACGUGAAGGUCCCCAAAUUGCGCACAAAGACAUUCACUGGCUGCUGGACCUGUCGAAAUCGCAGAGUCAAGUGCGACGACGAGCGCCCUCACUGCCGUCGUUGCCAACGCAGCGGCUGGCAGUGUCAGGGCUAUGGCUUACGGCUGGGAUGGUCGCAGACUCCUGGAAGUCGCUCGCAGCGGCGUCAGAUACUGUCUUCGACUCCACAAUCCACAAAUGGCCUAUCUUCUGCCUCCGUGACGGCUCUCUUGGCAGAAUUGGAUGGCUGCUCCGACGGAUCUGCCCAGCACCGGGGGCCAUUUUCGGUAUUCUCCGCAUCUGGCGCUGAGUCCAUGAUGAACCACCUCACGGUUGGCUCAAAUCAUGUCAAUGUCGACGAUCACUCGCAAUUGCUACAGGAGAGCAAACAGGUUACGGAGAACCCAUCACCCUCAAUCUCAAAUCAAGACAAACGGCCGUCCCCGGUGCCGUCCGAGCCUAUCGCUCAGGCUGAUGGUCCUCGCAGUUCUGCGGUCUCUUCCAUCAGUCAGCUUCCUGCUCGUAGCAGAGGCUCGGCUACGCCCGAAAGUCAUCAGAAAUUUCUCGAAGCCGGGUCAUCUUUGGCAGACAUCUCUUUUCUAACGACAAUCAAUCCGGUGCAGCUGCCACGGCCAGAGACAGAAUUGGUCCACCACUGGGUUGUCUUCCUAAGUGGGAAAAUGCUGCUUCUGGACUCCCCUGAUAACCCCUGCAGGACAGUGUUCAUGCCAUUGGCAUUAAAAGGGCUGGAUGCUGCAGCAGGGGAAUCGAAUAUUCACCUUUCCAUCUUUCACGCCAUUUGUGCCUCAUCGGCCUUUAGCCUCUACCAUCUCCGCCGUGACUUUCGGUAUCAAUCUCUAGCCAUGCACCAUGACCAGCUGGCCUUGCGUCAUUUGCGUGGUAAUUUGGGCCGCGCUAAGCGGUUUGAUGAGCCCACGCUAGCUGCUGUCCUGUCGUGUAUCACAGCAGAGGCGAUGUCCGGACGGAGAAGCAGGUGGAGGGCGCAUGUCGCCGGUGGUCUCGGCCUUCUUGAGAAUGAGAUAGCCUGUGGGUGGAUGAGAAGUCCCACAAAUUCACGGCUUCUGCAAAGCUAUCUAUCCCUUUCGUCGCUUUGCAGUUUACCCAUGUCGACGCAACUUAUCUCACUACUUAAUGGGCCUUGCCAUUACCUUGAGCGAUCACAUGGCGUCACAACACAACUUGUCCAGUUCCUGGCACAACUGACUACCAUACUUGAUUCCGAGUCAGAUCUCUCCACAGAGGAAUUGGAUCGACUAGAACUACAGUUAUAUCUCAACUUCCCAUGCCUCUCCUCUCCCGAUGACCCCGGCUCCACCAUCAUUCAGCAUGCGCUCAAUACUUUCUAUUAUGCGACAAUUAUUUACUUCCGCCGAACACUCCGCCGCGUACCAUUAUGCGAAGUUCAAGAACUCGUCGAGAAGGCAGUUCAAGAAUUAGAAGCAGUGGACACACUUAAGAAUAAUCAAGGAGGUUGUGCCUACAACUGGGCUAGCUUCGUCGUUGCAGCCGAGUGCCAGCGACCAGAGUUACAGAGUCGCAUGCUCGCCUGGUUCGAUCGGAAGAGCCAGAAUGGAAUUCAGAAUGUGGUCAUGCUCUGUGAGAUUGUUAGAGCACUUUGGGAACGACGUGAUUACGCCAAAGGCCGGGAUGUACAGUGGCAGGAGAUUGCUAAUGAAGCAGACUUUGAUAUUAUGCUUGUAUAA